AUGGAACCCCAACUCGUCUGCCUCUCAAGGCCCUCCGUUCAACGAUGUUUUUCCUGGAAGCGGUAUAUCCCGCAAGUCCACCUCCCCUCGAUCACCAUUAACGGCGCCCGCUUCCUCCGCGCCGACAAGCAAAUCGGAUCCCUCGAUGUCGGUAAGCUCGCUGAUAUCAUCGUUCUGGAGAACAACUUCUUCAAGGUUCCUGAGGAGAAGCUCGAUCGUCAGAAGGUGCUACUCGCCGUGGUUGGCGGGGAGGUGCUUUAUAUAGCUGAUGGGCACAACUUUGGCGCCAAAGCUAAGUUCCCCAACGAUGACAAGGCCAGCGCUCAGCUUGCCCGUCGCACUAUCUGCUUCUUUAACGCCAAGGAGCUGUCAAAGAGGGGUCAAGCAGAUGCUGCUAAGCUGAGGAAGCGAGGUGCUUGCGUGCACAAGCAUUGA